AGCAGUGGCAUUGACACUUCCAGGCAAACCUACGAUAAAAAUUGCUCUAUCUUAUAGUUGGAAGUAGGAACACACUCCCUAGAACCUCACUCAUUUGCAUCUAUCCUGCUGCACUGCCAACCCGCGGCGUCGAUCUCAGCCAAAUCGCCGAAAAAAAUGGACAUGGACUUUGAUAUAUCCUCAAGCAGACGCGCUUGAAUGGCUCGAAGCCAACUCUAAUUUUCACGAAGAAGACGAGGUUCGACCUACCUUCGAAUCUGACGAAGAACCACCGCAAUCAUCCCUGGUUCCCCGACGAAUCCGGCUGAUUCGAACUCCGGUCAGAAGCGUCACCGUUCGGCAGUGUUAGAUUCGACUACUCACGGAGAGGAAGACUCCGCUGCCGUCAAAAUCGACCAGAAGAGAAGUAAAGUCGACGAUGACGACGACUGACUCCGGUACUCUCCUCCACGAGACGGAGGUUUCGAUGACAGGGAUGAGACGGUUGUUGUUCCAAUGGAAGGGAUAAAGAUGACGAGGAGGAGAUUAUUGUGUCAAAAUACAUAUCUAAGAUUGAUGGCAACUUUAUUCCUGUGACUGCCCCCGGAGGCGACAAUAGGGUUUAUGCGAAGUUAUGUGCAGUAGAAAUGGAAGUGGCAUCUAAGCAAUUGAACUGCAAAUCACAAUCAGGCGGUCUAUUAAUCGAACCUAUCAACGUUCUUUUCGAGAAGGCUGAUCAAUUGGCCGUCAACAAGUUUACUGCUGAAGUUCAGGAUGAUGCUGUUCUGCCUCAAACAGGUGUUGUUCCUGGAAAGAUUUGGGUUGAUAAGUAUGCUCCUAAUUCGUUCACGGAGCUACUGAGUGACGAGCAGACAAACCGAGAGGUUCUCUUGUGGUUGAAACAAUGGGAUUCUUGUGUUUUUGGAUCUGAAAUUAGAAGUACAAUGGAUGAAGUUCUGUCUGCUCUUAAGCGUCACUCAACUGUUUCUCAACAUCAGAAACAUUCUGAUACCUCUUUCAUGAGGAAAGGCAGAGGGCACAAGUAGGCUAAUGGGCAUGUGCGGCGUUAUGAUAGAAUGGAGCAUGAAAAUGAUAAUUCUAAUCAAGUGCAGGACUUAACGGCCAAGAAAUUGAGGCCAAGCGGUACUCCAGAACAAAAGGACUUGGAAAGACUACACUUGCACAUGUACCGGCUAAACAUUGUGGGUACAGAGUUGUCGAGAUAAAUGCCAGUGAUGAUCGGUCAUCCUCUAGUGUUGAAGCUAAAAUCCUUGAUGUUGUUCAGAUGAACUCUGCGACAGCAGACUCAAGGCCCAAGUGUUUGGUUAGUCAUAGGUUUCUUAGUUUCUCAUUUGUUUCUAUGCUCCAGGAUGAAGAUACAAUCGAUCAUGUUGGUACAGGUGAUUGAUAAGAUAGAUGGUGCUCUUGGCGAUGGCAGAGGUGCUGUGGAUGUCAUUCUCAAGAUGGCUCCUCUAACCGUAUUGUGGCUCAAGUCCAAAGACCAAAUAUUGAGUGGCCAAAAUCUUAUCAAAGGUCUAUGUCCUGGUUUAUCUCUGAAUCAGAUAAGGUCUAAUGUUACACCUUUCAGCUUUUCACUAGUAAUCAAUUUUGUAAAACUUCAGGCAUCGAACAAUGUUGACAGAGAAACUAGAACUGUUGAGGGCUUGGAAGAGCAAAAUUCCAUCAUAUAUACCGCGGCAUUAUCAACAAAGUCAUUUUCUGAAGAUUCCAUUUCUUCCAUGUUGCAUAUUCUAUCACCCUCAACUAUAAGAUCGGUACCAAUGCGCUUAUUAUCCGAAAAAGAAAAGAAUGAUAUGGACCAGUUAGUUAGCAAGAUGGUGUCUUACUCUGUCACGUAUAAGAAUGCGAGGCCCAAUCUUCACUCCACUAAGCCAGUGCAAGAAGCAGCGGCAGAUUCAUCCACGCUUUCUUUUGAUCCUCCCAUUACAGAGUUCAUCAAUUUCAAGGGCUGUGCAUAUGCUCAUAAUACACUUCCCCUGGCCUUGAAGCAAGUUUUGGUUCACGAGCUUAAUGUCAGACAUCUGAUAUGAAUAACAAUGAAGAAGAUAAUAUGCACUCAGCCAAAUUAAAUGACAUGUGAAGAUCUGGUUGUUGUUCCUCGGGAAUUGGACUUGUCAGGAUCAUUUUAUUAAGAAAGAAUGGAGGAAUAAAUAUGAUUUGUAUUGUCCACAGGCCACUACACUUCAAAUUUGUCUCUAAUCUGUUGAGUAUAUUAAAUUCAGGUUGAGAAGCGAAGGAUUUUGCUAGUCAGCAAAUCCACACAUGACACUGAAGUGUGCAAUGAAGCAAACCUCAAUUUGAGAGAAAGAGGGAACCAUAAAGAACCAUCCAGCAGUGUGAAACACAUAGGAGCUUUUGCUGCCAAUAGAGAAAAGGGGAAGAAAGGAGUAAGCAUCCCGAGUUCAUUGGCGAUAUCGUCAAGUGUGGAAGCAAGUGAGAGUUCUGUGUCUAACGCAAAGCUAAAUAGUUGUGAGGACACUAAGAAAAGUUCGAGCAGCGCUGCCAACUUCUUUGACAGGUUCAGGAAAGUAGGUAGCAGAGGUUUUCUGAAAGCCGAGACUGUGGACUGCAAGGUCACUACAUUGGAAAGAGAUUCACGGCCUGUCCUAUUUAAGUAUAACGAGGGAUUCACCAAUGCUGUUAAAAGGCCAGUGAAAAUGCGGGAGUUUCUGAGUUGAUUCAAUCAUUGUGCUAGUGCUUAGAGGUAAUAGUAACUUGGGCGUCCAGUCAUGCGUUAGAAAAUACUCAUAUCUUUGAAAUGAUCCUUUUCCUCAUCAUAUAUGGUUAAAUUAAGUGUUUGUCUUUCUGUUGAUAUUAUGAGGAAGAAGUAUUCUACUCCCUUUCAUUACCUGGUUAGGGCCUUGUAACUAGAAGAGUUCAAACUCUCUGUAGCUAUUAACAUCGAGUAAAUUCUCUAUGCAUUGAUUGUACAUCUGUUACAGUAUGUCCAUGAAACAAUAUAUUGACAGCCACCGAAAGAGGUGGAGGAAAGGUCAAAAAGAAAGAUCCCUUGUCGUGCUAACACCGCGGCCGGGGAAGAAGAAUCUAGGAGUAUCGAUCUACAAUAAUUUUUCUUUGUGUACAGUGUUUCUCCAUGGACAGCCAAUUGGUUAUAUGGUAAUACUUCCAGUGGAGGUGCUAUCACUGGGAGGGCUGAUUGAUAACCAGAGCAAAGACAGUGUCGUGGAAAGGAUACCUGACCACACGUACACAAUCGUCGGCACCCUUCCUCUCCUUCCAAGCAACCCUUUGAUGAAAGGGUACAUGUGAGCAAUGACCCAGAAGCUGAAGAAGAGUCCUCCAAAGAGCUUCCCCCACUGAGGUAUCACGCUGUACAAGGUCCUCGACACGCCGAUCACGGCUGCAAUGAUGUUCACCACGAUGAUGGUAAGGGGCACUAUGAACAGACUGGUCCAUUUCACCACGUAGAGAUCAGCAUAAAUGUCCUCCUCGUCCUCCCCCGACGAUUUCGAGGUCAGCGUGAAGGAGAUCUCUAUCCCGGCUAUGACUUUGAGAAGGCCCUGAAUCACAGCAGCGAGAUGGGCGCUGGUCCCGCCGAUGACCCAAAACUGCUCGUUCCUCCACAGCUCCUCCAGCUCGAUCCCCGACCACUUGACUUCCAGGAGGGAGAGAAGCAUUAGUGUGACCGUGAUAACAAGGAGGUAGCAGAGGAAUGCAACGUUGAGUGACUGGACGAUGAAGCUGCCGGUGAAGAGGCACCAGGCAGGGAGGAAGCAGUAGAUCACCAAGAUCACUGACGUGAAAGGGUAGAAUCCGACGUUGAGGUAGGCGAUUCUUUGCAGGAAUUUGAGCCUCCUGCUCGCCAGCAGUGGGUUGUUUUUGGAGAAGAAGAUCUCGAUCGACCCGGUCGCCCACCGGAGCACCUGGUGGAGCCUGUCCGUGAGAUUGAUCGGUGCCGUGCCACGGAAGGCAUCGCGCUUUGUGACGCAGUAGACGGACCGCCACCCUCUGUUGUGCAUUCUGUAGCCCGUCACCACGUCCUCCGUCACCGAUCCGUAGAUCCACCCUAUCUUAUCACCCCACUCCGAGUUGUCCUCGUACCUGCAAGCGAUGACGGCAACUGCCUCGGCCACCGUUGGGGCGUCGAGAGGCGGGCGAGGGGCCAGCAAUGCGCCUGGAGGCCUGCCGUUCUUGAUGGAGAUGUGAUCGGCGAGGGGGCGGCCUUGGUACUCCGCCACGGCUAUGGACUCGUUGAACAUUUGUGAGUUCCCAAAUCCUUUGGGGAGGUUGAGGUCAGGGUGGUCUGAGGUCAGUGGGUGUGAUUCUGAAUCUUCCAAGUGUGUCGGAGCACUAGGAGCUCUGCUUUUUAUUCGACCAAAUACUCCGAGGUACUCGUUGGCUCUUGGCGGCAGGAACCCGUACAGUGCGUAUCUUCGGAACAUGCACCCGGUUCCCACGUAUACUGGACCUUGUUGACCAUCAAGUGCGCGCAUGCUUCCUUCAAAGAAGACUGUGUUGUGAUUGGCAUAUCGAUCAGAAGGAUCAAUGCCUUCAAAUCUCUGAGGAAAUUGUACGUAACAUAUUCUGUCACCGCCACGAUCCAUCAUAAAGCACAUCCCUUCUCUGAUCGCGAGGGAGUUAUAGAAAUAAUGAUCACAAUCCAAAUUCAGAAUGAAGGGUCCAUUCGAUAGUAUAGCCGAGGCCCGAACCAUGGCAUUCAUGGCUCCAGCCUUUUUGUUAUGGUCAUAGCCAGGCCUCUUCUCACGCGAGACAUAGACAAACAUCGGGAUCCUGAUGUCAACUCCGGUGAAAUCUAUCCUAUUCUCAUCCGGUCCUCCCAUCACCGGUUCCGGCUCGGGGACCCUGCUCAUCACUUGAACAAUCCCAGCAUGAUCACCUUUGGCAUGAUCUGGAGCUGACUGCCACCAUGUCCCCGGCCAAUGAGUCCCGUCAGCCAUCCACGUUGCUUUUUGGACCGUCACCCCUUCCUGUGGGAGCGUGCCGCCGUUCUUCUCCCUGGCUAUGGCCUUCUCCUUUCUCUCUUCCCUCCUAUUCAGUGCAUCACAUCGCUUACGAAUCACCUCAGGGAGGCCGUUGAUUCGUACUUUGAACUCAUCGUAUUCCCUCUUAAUCCACCGUCGAUCUCUUACGAAAUCGUGCAACUUCUUGUUCUUCGUUGGGUCUGUUUUCUGGCUGAAGUAGCUGUCUGGAUUUCUUGGUUCUAUGUUGUGCUUACGACAAAAGGGAACCCAUAUCUCAGCAAAGCGAACAGCUUCAGCCAUAGCUUCGAAGUUGAAAAUGGCACCACCGUCGUCGGAGAUGUAGGCGGCGAGCUUCUCGAUCGGGUACUCGGCCGCAAGAAUGGAGAGCAUGGUAUUGGCAGUGACCAAGGGCGGUUCCUUAUCUGGAUCAGCGGUGGAAACGAAGACAUCGACUCCGGGUAGGUCGGACCGGCCGGAAGGGUUAGACGGGGAUGGCUGUUCAAACUUGUCCUUCAAAGCGGCAAGGUCGGUGGCUCGAUUGAUGGGGUUGAAUUUAGGGAGAAUAUCGAGAAGCCAAGAGAAGGCGAACCAGAGCUCGCACACAACAGAAACGCCCCACAACCACAUGGCUUCCCUGUUGGGAUUCUGGAGACGCCAUCCCAAGAAGAAGAACAGGACCACCAACCGGAUCACGAUCAGUAACCGGUAUGGGCUGAGAGUGCCCGGGGGGACUUUGACCUUCCUGCUCAAAGGCUUCCAGGGCUUAUCCAUGAAAUCCGACAUACUGAGCCCGAGAUCGGGUCCAUAAUGGUCGUCAGUCCAAUACGCAUUCCCUACGCCAUACGUCCCUUUAGUCUCGAAAAGCCACCUGUUGUGGUCAAAAUCGCCGGUCUGGGUUCUUAGCAGCAUGGAUUUAUUGUUGUUGGUGGACGUCAUGAUCGACAUUCGCCGAUCCAUCUUGGCUCCUCCGGGUGCGGGUCGGGUCCCAAAGCGAGAGCCCCCAUGUGGGCUUGGGCCGUCAGGUUUGUCGUCGAGUUUGGAUCCCGGUUGGUUGUCGGGUGUGGGGGGCAUCAUGACGGUGUAGUUGGUGUGGCCGCCGGAAUGGGAUGAUUCUCCGGACAUGUCUAGGUCGUCGUCACGGGAGAGGUUGGCCGAGGUGCGGCGAGCAUUCCUUUGGUUUGACGGCGGACGAGCAGUGGCGGGAGACGGCGACUCUGAUGAUGAUUUAUCUUUCGACCUCGAGGAUGCCAUUUACGUUAAGAGGGAAGAUUGUUGAUUUGAGUUGUCAUUGCGUUUGUGUUUCAAUUUCCCCCCUACUUCCUUCUGUACAUUUUCCCCCCUUGAAUUCGUGUCUUCAAAUUUUCUUUUUCGUGUUUAUAUUUUGAUUCCCCUAUUUCUUCUUUUGUGUUGAUUAAGGUUGUGUUUUGGGGAAUGGAAAUUUGGGGGGAAAGUUCAGGGGGAAGAAAGGGAAGGAGGAGGAGGAGGAGGAAGAAGAGUGGAAGGGUUUUAUUUGAGCGGUGAUGAAUCGGUUUGCCGGGAAUAGAGAUUUGAGGG